AUGGGCCGAGGCCAGUGGAGUCCAGAGAGCCAGUGUGGGGUGAAACUCGGAAAGAGGUGUCAGCCUUCAUCACACAUCACUGAGGCAUCAGGAGUGAGUGCUUGCUAUACAGAACAAAUACGAAAGGAGAAAGACAGCUGGAUUACACUUUUAUGACAAACAAAGUACAUUUACAUCGCUGACCAAGAGGGGCAUCCCGACAACACAAGCCAGCAGUACGACAUCAACUUGCUCCUCGGUUAGAGACAAGUCAGCUCGCUAUCUGUCGAAAGCAGCAUCAAUUGACUCCGUUGGAGCAGAACUGAUUGCUACAUCAGGGACGAGGGUUAAAAGCAGCAAGAUGGCUGAGACAGCCAGGAAAGUCAAGGUUUUGGAAUCAUCUCACGAUGAAGACGAUCUUCCCCUCCCACCUCCUCCUCCAAGGCCCUUUGACUACGAAGGGCCUUCAGCAUUAAGUGGCCUCCCCGUGCCUCCACCCAAAGAGACCUUUUCCACAUACUACCAGCAAAGGCAAAAGAGUGAACUCAAGAGGCUCUUUAAGCACAUCCACCCAGACAUCAGACAUCUUGGUGAAGCUGUGGAUGAUGACAUCAUGAAGGCAGUGCAACCAGAGGACACUGAGGCAACAGCAGCAUAUCAGGGUGAAGUACAAUCAAUGAGGUGGAUCUUUGAAAAUUGGAAUCUGGAUAGUAUCGGGGAAUCUCACGCAACCAAGAAGUUGCUGGACGAAGAGAAUUUAGCAGGUGGAAAUGUCCGAGGCACCUCCUCCAUGUUUGAGCAUUGUGAUGACAGAGCUCUCAUUUCAGAAGCCAAAAGGCAGACCUCAGUAAGAGGAGAUGUGAGAGCAUCUACCUGGCUCUUUGAAACAAAGCCCUUAGAUUCACUGAACCAAAAAGAAGAUGGAGAACUUGUUGAAGCCGUGUUGAAAGAGCCCAUCCGGCCAGGUGAUGUCAGUGGGACACGUCUACUUUUUGAGACCAAACCAAUAAGUGACUUAGGGCGGUGUAACUCCAUAGAGGACAAUGCCUUCUUGAAAUUGACGUCUGAGGUCCAGGAACAAAAAGGAGAUGUCCAAAAGACUGUGAAACUCUUUCAGGCGGAACCGAGCUGUGCCAUUAGAGACAAAAGUGGCAAUAUCCAUACAAUCAAAUCCAUCUGCAGGGAGGAGAUCAAAAAUGGAAACACCAGUAGUGCUCGUUGGUUAUUUGAAACCAAGCCUUUGGACCUGAUCAACAAGGGAAGUGAUGGCGUUAAAAUAAUUCGGGGCAUAUCUCUGGAGGAGGGACACAGAGGCGGAGUGGACAGAAAGAGGUGGAUGUUUGAAACCCAGUCUUUCGACAAUAUACAAGAGGUUGCCGGACUGGACACGUUCGAGGACACCUUGGCUGAGGCUGAUGUUAGCAACAAGACAAAGCUCUUUGAGAUGCAACCACUGAGUGGAAAGACGUUGGAAAAAGACACAAUCAUUGGAGGAGAUGUCAAGACAUCCCUUUGGCUGUUUGAAACGCAACCCAUAGAGACUCUAAAUGAUAGCUAUGAAGUUGGAUGUUUGAAGAAAAUCACACUGUCGGCCGAUGAGCAAGGAGCAAUUAAAGACAAAAAAAUAAUGUUUGAGCGCGGCAGUGGCAGUGAAACGAGUUCCUCGGUAAAGCAACGUGUGACUGAAAGGGGUGACGUCAUGGGAUUCAAGCAACUUUUUGAAACCAUUCCUCUAAGUGAAAUUGCUCAUUGUAAGGAGGAGAAUACAUCAGGAAACCAAAUGUCGGAGAAUUCUCUUUUGUAUGCUAUAAAAGACAGCUCUGGAAAUUUCCACAAGAUAACGACUGUCAGCCGGGAAGAAUUCAUCAAGGGAAAGGUCCAAAACUACAAGUGGAUGUUUGAGACCAAGCCGUUAGAUGAACUAACAGAAGGAAAGGAAAAUAUUGAGGUCAUCAAAGGCAUCACAAGAGAGGAAGACACAAUGGGUGAUGUCAAGUUGGCAAAAUGGCUUUUUGAAACCCAGACCAUGGAUGGAAUUCAUUCCAAGUUCAACCAGAAGGAGCCAAACCCUUCGGUUGGAGCCACGCCUUGCAAAGGUGACGUCAAGGCAUGCAAAUGGUUAUUUGAGACACAACCGAUGGAUGUUCUGUACGACAAAUCGGAGAAAGUCAAUGACAAAGAGACCAUUGAAAACACCGGUGUGAAAUCCAUGACAUGGCUUUUUGAAUCACAGCCACUGGACAGCAUAAAAGAUGGCGAGGAGUACAAUUUAAACCUCUGUAGCACCGUACAGGAUGCUGUCAAACCCAAGUCAGCUGUUCAAACAGUCAAACAUCUUUUUGAAACAGAGACCCUGGACAGAACAAGAAAUGAGCAAACGGAACAAGAUGUAAGAUGUGUCAGCCAAGUUGACUUUCAGUCCGGAGAUGUCUCAAGAGUAAAAGAACUUUUUGAAUCACAGUCCCUUGAUGAAAUCGGAUCGGAAAUGGUGAUGACACGCGACGACGAACACAUCCAGAAAGGAUCCGUACACAAAUUCACUUGGUUGUUUGAGAACUGCCCCAUCAACACAAUCAACAAGGACGAUGACGACACAAACAUUCCGAAACCUAGUGAAACUGUGAGCGGGGAUGUAAAGAACAAAAAGUUUAUUUUUGAAACCUCAUCGCUGGACAAAAUCCACGAGGAGCCUCUUGAACACAAGUCAGUCAGUUUGGAAGAGCUGGAGAGUGAUGUUGACGUGAAGUCCAGCACCAUGAUGUUUGAGUCCUUGCCACUGUAUGCCAUUCAGGACAAAGAGGGACAGUUUCAUGAAGUGACAACUGUGAAAAAGGAUGAGGUCUUAAGCGGUGACGUGAGAGGAGCCAGGUGGAUGUUUGAGACGAAGCCCCUCGAGGCCAUCAAGGCAGAAAAUGAAGUUUACGUGAUCCGAGCUGUCACUCAAGAGGAUGUCGAGAAAGGAGAUGUCAAAUCAGCCAGAUGGAAGUUUGAGACACAACCUCUGGACUCCUUUACCAGCAGAGAGGAACCUUCUGUUAAGAUCAGUGAAGAUUUUGGGAGCUCGAAUGUGCAAUUAAGCAAAAAGAAAUUUGAAUCUGAAGAAUCAAACAAGUUUGUAAGAAUGGUUAGUGUCACCGACGUUCAGCGUGGAGAUGUUAGGACCUCCACCUGGCUCUUUGAGAAUCAAACAAUUGACAGUCUCAAAGGAGAACCUCAAGACCAAGGUCCAGUUAAAACAGUCCACCGAGAAGACAGUCAGAAAGGAGAUGUGAAACGCUGCACGUGGCUGUUUGAGUCACAGCCACUAGACAAAAUCAAGGAGCCAGAAGAGACAUCGUUCCACGGUUCAGCUGAGAUCAUCCCAAAAGCCGACGUCAAAUGCACCACCUGGCUUUUUGAGACAACCCCACUGGACAAAAUCACCUCCAGCAGCGUCACUGACACCAUGUUAUCCUUAAGUGAAUCCAAUAUCGUUCACUCAAGUGGCAUCAUUGUAGAAGCAAAAGAAGGCCCCAAUGUCACCAUGGCAAAAUUCAGUCUGGGAACCACUGCGGAAGUCCAAAUUCAGAAAGAAGAAGUUGUUGAGGGCAAUCUCCGAAACAUAAUUUUACAGCUCUUACUCAAACCAAGCAACACACAAGUCACCCUUCUUCGAGAAAUGGAAAAGGGAAAAGUGAAUACCACCAAAAUCCAACUUCCACACAAUCAGUCAUCGACGAGUAUUGCCAUCGAUCGAGAGCAAAUACUACAAAACACUGUUCAGAUGAUUGAUGAACUUCUUAUGCAAGGUCAAGACUUCAAGAAAGGAAUCCUGAUGCAAGAAACUGCCGGCGGACAAGCGGAAAUGUCUGUCUAUUCACUGAUCGCUCAUGAAACCGACACCCAAAGUGCCAUUAUUGAAAGAGGCGAUGUGAAGUCGGCCAUUGGAAAUCUCUUAGCGAGUCCCAGCAAUCCAAAGACAGCGCCAACGUGUCGAGUAGAUGAAAACGAAAAGGGUAACGUCAACUUCUACAAAAGUUGCAUUGAGAAAGGAGAUCUGCAGUGCCUGAAAAGUCUUCAUUCGGAGGCAUCGGAAGAUGAUGUCGAUGACGUGACUCUUGGCAAAGAGCAGAUUGAGAUUAUACAGGGCGAUGUGAGGGAGGCAAAAAGAAGUCUCUGCCAGCAAAAGGAAGCGGUGGAGCGAAGUAUUUGCGAUGUUCUGCCAGGGGAUGUGAAGAAGACCAAAAAGGUAUUUUCAUCAGAGUGCUCAUUCAUUGCUGAGAACUGCAUUCCCAGGGAUGAAAUCAUUCCUGGGGAUGUUUUAACAGCAAAGCAACAGCUUGCAGCAAAGCAAGCCGUUCUGGUGGAAAAGGAAGAAAUUGUGGCUGGAGACGUAAAGGCGUCGAUGCAGUCGUUGGAACGUGCAAAGCAACUGAGCAUGAGCGUAGAACGGGAGAGCAUCACGCCCGGAACGAUCUACGAUAUGGACUUGUCAUCAAACUGCCCUGAACCGGAAGGAAGUCAAGUACAAAAAGAGACAAUCAUAUCCGGAGAUGUGAAGGCAGCCAAAAAGUCCCUGCAACUGGCCAAGCAGCAAAGCAUGCAAGGAGAGCGUGACGUCAUUGCCCCGGGAAAAAUAUACAACCUGCACGUCGCCGCACAAGAAGGAAGCUCGGCCCGGAUCACGCAAUCGUCUUCCUACUGCAGAAGCCAACAAAGCAAGACUUGUCCACAGUAACGGGUGAAGGGCAACCGUCGUUCGCCGUAAACAACUCAACAUGCUACCCGGUACAAAAUGGAGGCUCACCAGGCCUGCUAAAGAAACCACAGAACCCGAAGCCAACGUUGCCACCAAAGCCACAAUGGACUAAACCUGC